AUGGAAGGCUCCUCUCGCAAAAUGGCGGAGUUCACGCCUCCUUCUAAGUCCCAGAAGCCUGUGUCAGGUGAUGGCGGCCCUAACAGCAAGACCACAGAAAGCCAGACCACACCCGGGCACUUACUAGCCGAGGGAGAUGGUCGUCGCUCAAGUAGUGACAGGUUUAAUGUCAAUACAUGUACAGGAGGAAUGUCGUUCAAUCUUCCCAUUCAAACCUCGCCAGGCCGCAGCGGCUUCGGACCGUCCCUAAACUUAGUCUAUGAGUCUGGUUCUAGCGCAGCCAACGGGAUCUUUGGACUGGGCUGGCACCUUGAAGGAGUCGAGAGUAUUACCCGCAAGACUUCGACAUCAAUGCCUAUCUACGAUGAUGAUCGAGAUGCCUUCGUGUUCUCGGCGGUCGGAGAGGUGGUCCCCGUACUGAAGGAAGAUGGCAACUUUGAAGAAGCUGUUCGGGAGGACUGGUCAGUGCGUAGGUAUCGAGCGCGCGUGGAGUCAGAACCCAUGCGUAUUGAGCGAUGGACGCAAAGAAGCUGCCCGGGCAACGUGUACUGGAGGACCAUCAGUUCUGAAAAUGUGACGCUGGUCUACGGCAAGACGAAAGCGUCGCGUAUCGCCAGGGGCGACGAGGAUGCACUACAUAAUCUGAGACAGAUCUUUUCUUGGCUCGCAUGCGAAAAGUACGAUAGCUAUGGAAAUCAUAUGGUCUUUGAGUAUAAAGCAGAUGACGCCUAUGGGCUGCGGCUCAACCAAGACCUAUUCGAAGCCAAUCGGGAGAGCAACAUUCGGAGCAGACAACGCUAUCUUAAGUCGAUCAAGUACGGCAAUACGGAGCCAAACCGGGACAAGAACACUUGGAAGGUGCUGGACACUCCUCCAGGCUAUUGGAUGUUCGAGGUUGUUCUCGAUUAUGGAGAGCACGAUGAGGACUGCCCAACUACAGUAGAGCAAAACCCAUGGCCCUCUCGCCCUGACCCGUUUUCUACCUGUACCGGUGGCUUCGAGGUUCGAACCUAUCGUCGAUGCCAGCGUUUGCUCAUGUUCCAUCAUUUCCCCGACCAACUGGGUCGCUCGGACUGCCUAGUAGCCUCCACUAAAUUUACAUACGAUACCGAGCCACGAACAGGAACCACAUUCCUUCAAUCGUACGUCGCGACCGGUCAUACGCCCAUUGGGGAGACGGGCUACUCCAACCUCUCUUUGCCAGCGGCUAAGUUUGAAUAUACCGCGCCCCCCGAUUACCAGAUGCUGGAUGAGGAGACAUUUGGGCUCAAUGCAUCCGGACUUGGCACCGGAGAAGCACAGUGGCUGGAUCUCAACGGGGAUGGCGCUCCGGGUGUACUGGUCGAGGUUCCAGGCGGGGGUUGGUACUAUCACCGCAACCAAAGCACGGACAAGACAACACAAAUUGGAGAGCCAGCUCUAGUGUCUCAAGUCCCUGGCGGUGCUGAUGCAAGAGUAUGGGUCUUUGAAGAUCUGACUGGGGAUGGCCUCCUGGACGUGAUACCCAGUUCGCCCGGCGAGAGUCUCCGAGGAUUCUUUGGACGCACGGAGAAUGGCGCAUGGGUUAAUUAUACCCCUUUCGAAACAUACCCAACUAUGGGCCCAUUCCAACAAGCAUGGCCAGUUCAUAAAAUAGAUCUCACUGGCAACGGACGCGCGGAUAUUCUGCGCAUGGCCCCGGGCGAAGAUGGUGAGCUGGCCUGGCACCCGUCGUUUGGUCCAGAGGGAUACGGGGUAGAGCAGCGCACGACAGGAGCGCCCAAGUUCGCCCCCGAUGCAACAGGAUCGCUUUUUCUACGGGAUAUGAGCGGCGAUGGCCUGACAGAUAUCGUCUGGGUUCGGAAUGGCAAUGUCUCGUACUGGCCCAACCUGGGUCACGGACGCUUUGGCUCAGAAGUGAGCAUGGAAAAGUCGCCGUUUCAACCAGGUGAUGGGAGCUUUUCAACACGGCGUAUUCGAAUGGCAAACAUAACCGGGUUUGGAGGCACUGAUUAUAUAUACAUGCCUCCCGAGGGCGGCGCUGUGGUAUAUUACAACCGAUGGGGCAACAGCUGGAGCGAUGGCUAUCGAGUGGCUUCACUUCCGCCCUUAGAUGGCCUUUGCACUGUUGAUGUGUUUGACAUUAGCGGCCGGGGAACACAGUGUCUCUGUUGGACUUCAGACCUCCUUGGCCACACCAGAAAUGCAGAAGGGACAACCGUCCGUUUUGUGGAUCUCAUGGGCGGCGUCCAACCAGGGCUACUCACGAAGUGCAGCAAUGGUAUGGGAGGGGAAUACACUGCUACGUACCGCUCUUCCGUACUCUACUACCGCGAGGAUGAAGAGAAUAAUAGACCAUGGGCAACGAAACUACCGUUUCCUGUUAACUGCAUCGCUAGUACGACCUUUCUCGAUCGUGUAGCACAGACGUCCCAAACCGUGUCGUAUUCAUAUCAUAACGGAUACUACGAUCCUAUUGAACGCCAGUUUCGUGGCUUUCAAAUGGUCGAGGAAUGUGAAACAGAAGACUUCGCGGCCGGAGUCCCCAAUAGCCAAUUCAUAUGCCCGUCGGUUAUCAGAAGAAGCUGGUUCUAUAUUGGGCUAGAGCGCUUAGACAUUGUAUCAGUCCUUCCCGACGCUUUUAAAGGACUUGAUUCGCUGAAACCUGUAUCGAGCGCCAAAAUACCCUGCGAUCUUACGGCCACGGAGAGACGUGAAGCCUACAACGCGCUCGUUGGAAUGCCUCGUCGGCAAGAACUAUUUUCUACUGGUGGUGGGGAAAACAAGAAUAUCCCAUAUACCAUAUCCCAACAGUCAUACGAAGUGGUGAUUCAUCAAAAGAUACAGAGCAGCAAUCAUGGUAUAUACCGAGUCAAUCAUCGAGAAGAGAUCAGCGCACUUUAUGAGAGGAACCAAGGGGAGCCGAGAGUGCAGCAGACACUCACACUUGCAACGGAUAAAUACGGCAAUGUUGAGAAACUGCUCAUAGUAAGUUAUGGGAAAGCGACAAGCACGUUGCCUACGCUGGAAGAUCAGCAAAAGCAAAUGGAGACCUCCCUUGUCUACGUAGAAACAAGCCACACCAAUGCAAUUGACAAUUACGACGUCGAGCCGGAUUAUUUCCAGAUCCCAGUUGUCUCAGAGACUGUGCAGAGCCGUGUCUACCCAGGGUGCUACUUUGACGCCGCUAUAGCUGAUGGCCGAUAUGAAUUGGAAAAGCUGGCUUCCAACGACUGUAAACUACUGAAGCAAGCACAAAAGAUCUCAAUUGAAGAGAAAGCCAAGGACCUUAUAUCUGAUAUACCCCCAGCUGGAUACAGGGCACUCAUCUUGAAAAAGAGAACUUUGUACUCGAAAAGCAAUAUCGAUGGGCCAUUGGAACAAGGUGAGCUACAGCAGUUCUCCGUUCCGUGGCAGAGCUAUCAGCUCUUUGCUACAACAGGUCUCCUUGCUGUGGUGUUGACGGACCCGGGAAGAGGUCCAUUGUUACAACCAGCAGCCUUGAGACAUGAGCUCCGCAAGGGAGGAUAUAUAGAACUCGAGCCAGAUGAGUGGUGGGCGCCGUCAACGAGGAGUAUCUUUGGAGAUGACAGCGACGGCAACAGACUGACGGCGGCGCGGUUGCAGUUCUACCUUCCAAAUGGACAGAUUGAUCAGUUUGAGAGCAAGUCAUGGCAGAAUCGGGACUCCUUCAACUUGCUUACCACUGGACGUGUAGAUGCGAUGGGAAACACAAUCACAAUCGAUAACAAUUAUGCUCGACUGCUACCAACACUCAUUACCGACGCAAAUGGAAACAUUACCGAGAUUGCAAUUGAUUCUCUCGGGCGCCGUGUUGGACUGGCAGUUAUGGGUAAACUUGGGGAGGAUGUCGGAGAUAGCCUGGAUACUUUCUCGGCCGACCUGAGCGAUGAUCAAUUGAAGCAUUUCUCUGACAAUCCUUCCGGAGCUGCAGGAGAGCUCCUAAAAUAUGCCGGUCAGCGGGUAAUUCAUUGCCAGGGCUGGUGUCAGCACGAGAGGACAUCACCAGCAUUUCAAGCGGAGCUCGUGCGUGACACGCACUAUAGGGAUGGACAGGGCAGGAUCUCGAUUUCUAUCACUUACAUGAACGGCAAGGGCCAGGCAAUUCAGAAACUAUGUCUUUCUGAAGAGCAUGAAACCGAAACUGAAGAGAAAUGGCAGUGUAGCAGUAGUGUGACCUCCACCAAAGGACAGCAUGUCAGAGAGUUUCUGCCGUUUUUCAAGCAAACCCACGAGUUCUCUCUCCAAAGAGAUAUAUCCAGUAGGCCUGCCACUACAUUCCUGCUCGACCCCCUUGACCGGGUGGUGGGAGUGCUAAACGCCGACCAAACCUGGAGUAAAACUCAAUUUACACCAUGGGCUCAAGUCUACUACGAUGCUGGCGACACUGUCCUGAUAGAGGAUCCUGCCACAGAUGAUGCUGUUGGGAGCCACUUCCAGGGUCUCGACAGAGGCUCCUAUUAUCCCACCUGGUAUUAUCAAAGAAUGACAACUGGCACCACCGAGAAGGAGAAAAAGGCGGCAAAGAAAUCAGAAUGCUAUAGCAAUACUCCAAAGUCUGUGCACUUCAACAGUCUAGGGCAAGAGAUUCUCACCGAGCUCAACCACAGUCCAGAAGACAUUCGUAGAACUAGACAGGAGUACGACGAGCGUGGCAACAUAUCAGCACUAAUGGAUGCCCUGUCCCGUGUUGUGACAACGACCCGAUACGAUCUGUUGGGACGAGCAUUACAUAGCGAGAACAUGGACGGCGGGGACCGCUGGCUUUUGUCAGAUUGUAAUGGCCUAUCAAUGUUGUCAUGGUCGUCCGGAGGUCCACGGAAACGGACCUUGUAUGACAUGCUAAGGAGAGUUGAGGCGGUCAGAGUGCAGCUGUCAGAACCAGACGAACAUGAAGCUCUUGUCGUUAAGAAUGAAUAUGGCGAGAGCUAUGGGCCAGACCCAGAGGCCCAGAACCUGAGAGGUCAGCUCUACCGAUGUUGGGAUCAAUCUGGUGCUCAAACCAAUGUCCGGUUCGACUUCAAGGGUCACUGCAUACAGUCCUGUAUUCAAUAUGCUGAAAAGUACGAUACCCUUCUGGACUGGUCGGCGAGAAACAUGAAGAUGGAUCCCAGCAGCUACACGACUAUAUCAUCUUUCGAUGCGGUGGGCCACACUCUACAUACAACCACUGCGAAGGGUCAGGGUAUCGAUAAUACCUUUGACGUUGCUGGCCGGCUGAAGCGGGUGAAUUCUAUUGCUAGCGAAGAUUGCCGUGCCAGCACCGCCCAUGUCCAUAGCAUCGCAUAUGCGGAGGCUAACGAAGUUGCGUUGAUAAAAUACGGGAAUGGGUCGCGAACAGUCCACACUUAUCAUCCCUUAACACGCAAGCUUGUAAGGACCCGAAUCACUCGGGCCGAUGGCACCGCUCUGCAGGAUCUUUUCUACACGUAUGAUUGUCUUGGAAGGAUUAUCCAAAAGAACGACAAAGCCCAGCAGACAAUUUACUUUAAUAACCAGGCUGUCAAACCAGAUCAGGAAUUUGUAUAUGACGCAUUGGGCCAACUAUGCUUGGCAACUGGUCGAGAGCAGGUCGAUGCUCCGGGACAUUGCCUGAUCCCUUACGGUCCCACGUUCGGAAAGCCUAAUUCAAUCCCUGGAGAUGGGAGUCAACUGAUUGAAUAUUGCGAAACGUACAAGUAUGAUGUUGUUGGCAAUGUCCUAGAGACACAACAUCGCCCAGUGAACGACGAUACGUAUUCGCCAUGGACACGAACCUACACCUACAAAGCGGAAAAUAAUAGGUUAGUGAGCACAACGGUCGGCUCGGCAACCGAUAUCUACAAAUACGUUGGCAAUGCAGGACUCAACGGCUGUAUGACUUAUUCGGCGGGAUAUUCUUUGACCUGGGAUUAUAACAAUCACCUACGCUCAUUCUCCACACAACGGGUCAAGAAGGGUGGCAUGCCGGAGAGAACGUGGUAUAUCUACAAUUCACAGGGUAAGCGAGUUCGCAAGGUGACAGUGAGAGACACGGGAGCGAGGUUAAAACAGACUCUUUACCUCCCUUUCUGUGAUGUAUCUACCACUUAUGCCGGGGAUGGGUUAUCGGUAGUACGGCAGUCAAUAUCAACGAGUGUGGGCGAUCUAAGCAAUGCCGGCACACCCAUGGCUGUAGUAGAGACAAAGGAUGGGUAUGACGUGGAGAGCAACGUGAAUCUAGUUCGGUAUCAGAUAAGCGAGAAUCUAGAACUGGAUGAUGGUGCCAAUGUCGUUGCUUACGAAGAAUACUCACCAUAUGGGUAUAGCACGUACCAAGCUCGGACCUCCGACGCUCCCCGAAGGUACCGUUUUGCGAGCUACGAACGGGACAAGGAAAGUGGCUUAUACCAUUGCGGUGAGAGAUACUAUGCUUGCUGGCUAGGGCGCUGGACCUCCACGGAUCCUUUAGGUGUGUUCGAUAAUCUAAAUUUAUAUGCGUACACCGGGAACGACCCCAUCAACUUCGAGGACCGUUCAGGAACAGCUCGUGGCAACUCGAAGACCACUGCCGUGAAGGACCAAGGAAAGGCUUCCUCGUCAGGAACUACCCCCACCGAAGGGGAGAUUGUUAUACAGGCCACAAAUAUGUAUCGGGCAGCGUUGCGUACGAUAUUCGUACAGAAUACGGAAUCCAAACAGAAUACGACACCCGAAGACAAUACUAAGAAAAAGAGUCAAAUGGCGAUGCAACAGGUCAUGAACAAUUCUACUAAUCUCAACAUAACGACAAAUGGACUCGGCGGAGGCGGCGAUCAGCUUCCCACUGGUUUAACUGGCCGUAGCUCCACACCUAUAGCUCUUCAUACCAGUUCAUGUUACGUGGAGUAUAUCGACAAACCGCCAGAAACACCAACGAAUGGCAAUGCCUCGCAGGGAGAGCCUAACGCUUCAUCCAGGAAAAAAACCGUUGAAUUCAAGAAACCAUAUUCCUGGACCUUCCGCUUGGACUGGGACCCGCAGAAAAAUCUUCAUAUCAACAUUCUAUUUACUGAUAAGAUACGAACGGUCAAAUAUGCAAUCCUAGCAAACGAGGAGGAGCAUAAGACCGCCGAAGAGUACAGUGAGAUGCUCAAGUCAAUCAAUCAAGGUGCCCAUUGGGAUAAGGAAAAAUAUGAUAAGGUUCCCCAUGAGAAGAACUUGGACGGAACAUACUUGGACCACGAGAUAUCUGAAGCUAAACUCAACAUGAAGCUGUCAUUCCUUUCUCUCCUUUCAGUCGCGACUGGUGUGGCUAUUGCCGCUCCUACCGAGUCAACGAAAGACCAUUACGUUCCGUUCAAUAAUCGCGCCCUUGGUCCCCUCAAGCCCAACCCCUUCCAAGGCUUGAAAUACGACGGCGACUGGCAAGUAGGCCGGUACUCCGUGCAAGCCUCGAACGUCAAGAGUACCAAGGCAGACAAGCUCUUGUUCUACCCCAUGACCAACAUCACCGACGUCAAUGUCCGGGGCUUUGUCAGUGUGGACGGGGGCAAGGAUAAAUUCAACGGGAAAUCUGUGAAACUCGGCUGCAGUGUCAAGAAUGGAAACAAAAAACAGACGGUUCCGUGUGAUAUUCAGAUCACCGGAUCUACUCUGGCUAGCCAGAAGUAUGUUUCGGUUCAGUAUACCGAUACCAACUCGUUGCAGACUGUUGACCUGGACGAUCUGUAUCUCGUGGAUGCCUUGUUCUUUCGUAUCAAGUCUGCUGGCAAGGACAAGGACGUGACGGAGAACAUUACCCUUCUUGUGGAUGAAUUCCGGUAUGCUAUUGAGUCGCGCUGA